GCCGCGCGCACUCCCGCCGGGCUGAGAAGCCGCAGAGAUGAAGCUCGCUCACUGCUACUGGCUGAGCUCCGCUGUCCUCGCCACUUGCGGGCUUUGGGUAGUGGCAAACAAUGGAACGGAGGAAAUCAAAGAUGAAAGAGCCAAGGACGCCUGCCCGGUGAGACUGGAAGGCAGAGGGAAAUGCGAGGCGGGCGAGUGCCCCUACCAGGUGGCCCUGCCUCCCCUGACUAUUCAGCUCCCCGCGCAGUUCGGGAGGAUUGAGGAGGUGUUCAAAGAAGUCCAGAACCUCAAGGAGAUCGUAAAUAGCCUAAAGAAGUCUUGCCAAGAGUGCAAACUGCAGGCUGACGACAACCGAGACCCGGACGCCGCCGGCACCCUGGGAGAGGCUGGUGAUAACAGAGUCAGAGAGUUAGAGAGCGAGGUUAACAAGCUGUCCUCGGAACUGAAGAACGCCAGGGAGGAGAUCGACGGGCUGCACGGCCGCCUGGAGAAGCUGAAUCUGGUAAACAUGAACAACGUCGAGAAUUAUGUGGAUAGCAAAGUGGCAAAUCUAACAUUUGUUGUCAACAGUUUGGAUGGCAAAUGUUCAAAGUGUCCCAGCCAAGAACAAAUACAGUCACGUCCAGUUCAACAUCUAAUAUAUAAAGACUGUUCUGAGUACUACACAAUAGGCAAAAGAAGCAGUGAGAUCUACAGAGUAACGCCUGACCCCAAAAAUAGUAGCUUUGAAGUUUACUGUGACAUGGAGACCAUGGGGGGAGGCUGGACUGUGCUGCAAGCACGUCUCGAUGGCAGCACCAACUUCACCAGAACAUGGCAAGACUACAAAGCGGGCUUCGGAAACCUCAGAAGAGAAUUUUGGCUGGGGAACGAUAAAAUUCAUCUUCUGACCAAGAGUCAGGAAAUGAUUCUGAGAAUAGAUCUUGAAGACUUUGACGGUGUCAAACUGUAUGCCUUAUACGACCAGUUUUAUGUGGCUAACGAGUUUCUGAGAUACCGUUUACACAUUGGUAACUAUAACGGUACAGCUGGAGAUGCUUUACGUUUCAGUAAACAUUACAACCACGAUAUGAAGUUUUUCACCACCCCAGAUAAAGACAAUGAUCGAUAUCCUUCUGGAAACUGUGGACUCUACUAUAGUUCAGGCUGGUGGUUUGAUGCAUGUCUUUCUGCAAAUUUAAAUGGCAAAUAUUAUCACCAAAAAUACAGAGGUGUCCGCAAUGGGAUUUUCUGGGGCACCUGGCCUGGUAUCAGUGAGGCACACCCUGGUGGCUAUAAGUCCUCCUUCAAAGAGGCCAGAAUGAUGAUUAGACCCAAGCACUUUAAGCCAUAAAUCACUAGCACUCGUUUCUCCAGGUGUGCAUUAUCUAACAGGGCAAUACUUCUUUAAGCAGUUUAGCAUAUGCCUUGUUUCGUAUUCCUUUCCUAUGACUAAAAAAUUAUAUCUGAUUAGUAGGUUUCUUAGGCUACACAGCAUUUGCAAUAAAGCUGAAAAAUAAUGCA